AUGUCUCUCCACGAGUCCCUAACCAAGAUGGUUGAUUUCGACCAGCAGAGCUUUUUCGUCUCGGCCGCUGCCAUUGCCUUCAACCCGACUUUCUGGAACAUCGUUGCCCGCAGAGAGUACCGCACCAAGUUUCUUACCCGCCUCUUCGGCGGCAACAGCCAGGCAGCAUGCUACGCUCUCGCCGCCACCAUCUUCUCGCUCGGCCUAAUCCGCGACUUCCUCUACGAACGCGCCCUGCGUGACCAGCCCUCUCAUCCCGCACUCGAGGAGCCCCUCGUCAAGUACGUUGCAUACGUGCUGUUGGCUGUCGGCAACAUCUUCGUCAUCUCCUCCACAUGGCAGCUAGGCAUCACGGGCACAUUCUUGGGCGACUACUUUGGCAUCCUGAUGGACGACAUUGUGACGGGCUUCCCCUUCAACAUCACCAACGCCCCCAUGUACUAUGGCUCCACCAUGAGCUUCCUUGGCACCGCCCUACUGUACGGGAAGCCGGCGGGUAUCCUCCUCACUCUUCACGUCCUCUUGGUCUACCUGACCGCCAUCAGGUUCGAGAACCCCUUCACCGCGGCCAUCUAUGCCAAGCGCGACAGGGAGAGGGCCAAGGCCACUGGCAAAUCCGUCGAGAGCAAGAAAGAACUCUAA